UAAAACACUGAAUAUUUUUCAUUCAUUCUCUGAUUAUCACGCUACUCCGAAUUUUUAUUCCUGCAUGCAUUCCAUUCUACGAUAACCCUCGUGGGAAAGUUCGAGACUGCACCCGCAGACAGCCAUGCCCAUACAUGGACGGACAAAUGCACACAGAAAAAAAAUGCGCAGACUUGGUUCGCUUUGCUCCCACAUUAUAACGCCCAGUUCCCGGUGUGCGUGUUACGUUUCUCGUCAAGAAACUGGAUUCCUUAUUAACUCGGUCACAGAAAGCGUUGUCAAAGACGUCUCAAAGUACGGUUUAAUGACUAAAUGAACUGCAUUAAACAACACCUGCUGCUAUAAAAAGGAAUAGUUAUGGAAGUUAAGCCUAUUGUACCAACGAAGUACAAGACAAAAGAGAUUAAUGGCAUCCCAGCACAGGUAGUCUGUUCUGCAUUUGCUGACCAUAUCUUUGUGGUUGUAACACAGUAUGGGAAGAUGGGAACCUUAAUUUCCAUUAAACCGGACGUUCUUUCUGGUGAAAUCACCCACCCAACAUUCACCACAAAAGUGCUCCUAGGAAAAGAUGAGCCACUUAUCCACGUGUAUGCGAAGAAUCUGGUCACUUUUAUUUCACAGGAAUCUGGAAAUAAACCUGUUUUAUUGGCUCUAGCCCUGAAGGACAUGAAUGUUGAAGGGUUACAGACUGCAAAAGAGGUACUCCGGAGCUGCCAGGUCUGGUGAAUAUCUGACGUUUGAGCUUAGGCCCAUGGAACUGUAUCUGCUAUCAUGAUCUUAUCUAAAUAUAUGACUUGCCAUUUUAGAAGUCGUGGCAUUUCACCCUUUCAGACAGAUAGUGUUGAAAGCUGUCAGUUAAGCAUUGUUGCUGCGAUUUUCUUCUUCAAAUGUACCUUUUACAUUCCCAGUAAAUAAAAGACAAAUGACUGUCAUUUAGACAAAGAACUGUUACUGAGAAACAUUCAUUCACUUUUUUUUUUGUUAAGGUUCUUGUGUAUAAAAUAAAAUAUAUUUAUGUUUUGUAUGUCUGAAAGGUACUAGAGUGAAUCACACAUUUUGCCUGGCAUUGCAUCCAUGUAGACAAAUUAAAUGUUGAAAGUUGGCAGUUGUUAAAUUACAGCAACAUAAAAGUUUUCUUCUUCAAAUGACAUAUUCCCAAUAAAAUGUUUAUCAACUUU